AGUUACCGGAAGUCGCGAGGCGGAGCUUAUGCGGCGGCGCGGUGGGACUGACAUGGCGACUGAAGGGGACGUGGAGCUGGAGUUGGAGACGGAGACCAGUGGCCCAGAACGGCCUCCUGAGAAGCCACGAAAGCAUGACAGUGGUGCGGCGGAUUUGGAGCGCGUCACUGACUAUGCGGAGGAAAAGGAAAUUCAGAGUUCCAAUCUGGAGACGGCCAUGUCUGUCAUUGGAGAUAGAAGGUCCCGGGAGCAGAAAGCCAAACAGGAGCGGGAGAAGGAACUGGCAAAAGUAACUAUCAAGAAGGAAGAUCUGGAACUAAUUAUGACAGAGAUGGAGAUCUCUCGAGCAGCAGCAGAACGGAGCUUACGGGAACACAUGGGCAACGUGGUAGAGGCUCUCAUUGCGCUAACCAACUGAUGUGCAGUUUCUCACAUAACUCAUCAGAUUAAUUUAUUGCAAUAAAGACUUUUUGGCUUUUU